AUGCACUGCCCUUGCCGAGGGAAGCUGAAACUGUUUGCUGCAUCCGUGACAUUUGUGGUGCUUCUGACAUGGCUGUACCUCUUUGUGGGGAACUUGGAGAAUGGGCGGUCCUUGCUGCUCUACUCCUGCCUUGUAGAACAGUCAGAUUCAAGCUACAUGGAGCGGGAUAUGCUUGAGAUGCGGAUGCGAGAGGUGGUGGAGGAGAACCAACAAUUACGCCUGCAGCUCAGCCAAUCACAAGGGGCAGUUCCUCAAGUGCAAGAUGGGAACUAUGGCAACCAGCAGUGGGUGGUGUCAGCUGACACUGGUCCCGAGGAUGGAGAGAACACGGCAGAGGAGCGGAGCAAUCAGGGGGGCAACCACAGUGACUGUGUCCAUCGGCCCAUGGUGGAGAAGUGUGAGCUCAUCCAUGUGGCCUGUGUGUGUGCUGGACACAACACCAGUAGAGACGUGGUCACACUGGUCAAGUCCAUCCUGUUCCACAGGAGAAACCCCCUUCAUUUCCACUUCAUCACAGACAUGGUGGCCCAUCAGAUCCUCAGCUCUCUCUUUCAGUCCUGGAUGGUGCCAUCCAUUCAAGUCAGCUUCUAUGAUGCAGACGAGCUGAAGUCAGAGGUAGCCUGGAUUCCCAACAAGCACUACUCAGGAAUAUAUGGCUUGAUGAAGCUAACCCUGACCAAAGCACUCCCCUCUGACCUUACCAAGGUCAUCGUCCUGGACACAGACAUCACCUUUGCCACUGACAUCGCCGAGCUGUGGGCUGUCUUUAGGAAGUUCACAGAUAAGCAAGUGAUUGGUCUAGUGGAGAACCAGAGUGAUUGGUACCUGGGGAACCUGUGGAAGAACCACAAGCCUUGGCCAGCCCUGGGGCGGGGCUUCAACACAGGUGUCAUCCUCCUGCUCUUGGAGCAGCUGCGCAGAAUUGGCUGGGAGCAGAUGUGGAGGUUAACAGCAGAGAGGGAACUAAUGAGCAUGCUUUCCACCUCUCUGGCUGACCAGGACAUUUUCAAUGCAUUUAUAAAGCAGAAUCCAGUCCUUGUACACCAGCUUCCCUGCUUCUGGAAUGUUCAACUGUCAGACCACACCCGCUCGGAGCAGUGCUACACCGAAGUGUCUGACCUCAAGGUGAUCCACUGGAACUCUCCUAAGAAGUUGCGGGUGAAGAACAAGCACGUGGAGUUUUUCCGCAACCUCUACCUGACCUUCCUGGAGUACGACGGUAACCUGCUGCGCAGGGAGCUCUUUGGCUGCCCCAGCCAGCCCAACUCUGAGAGCAUCCGGUUACAGGAUGCGCUGGAGGAGCUGGAUGAGGAUGACCAGUGCUAUGAUUUCCGGCGGGAGAGGAUCAUGGUGCACAGGAUGCACCUGUACUUCCUGCAGUACGAGUACACCCCCACUGAGGAUGAUGCUGAUGUCACUCUGGUUGCACAGCUCUCCAUAGACAGGCUGCAAAUGCUGGAGGCGAUCUGCAAUCACUGGGAGGGCCCCAUCAGCCUGGCUCUCUACAUGUCAGAUGCUGAGGCUCAGCAGUUCCUGCGCUACGCCCUGGCCUCAGAGGUGCUGAAGAACCGCAAGAACGUGGGCUACCACAUCGUCUACAAGGAGGGCCAGUUCUACCCUGUCAACCUGCUGCGAAACGUGGCCCUCCGCCAUGCCAACACGCCCUACAUCUUUCUGGCAGACGUGGACUUCCUGCCCAUGUAUGGCCUCUACGAUUACCUCAGAAAAUCCAUAGUGCAGCUGGACAUGGCCCACUCCAAGAAGGCGCUGGUGGUACCAGCCUUUGAGACCCUGCGCUACCGCCUCUCCUUUCCCAAAUCCAAAGCCGAGCUGCUCUCCAUGCUGGACGUGGGGACCCUCUACACCUUCAGGUACCACGUGUGGACCAAGGGCCAUGCACCGACUAACUAUGCUAAGUGGAGGACGGCCACCACACCCUACAAGGUGGAGUGGGAGGCCGAUUUUGAGCCCUACGUGGUGGUGAGAAGGGACUGUCCUGAGUACGACCAGAGGUUUGUGGGGUUUGGCUGGAACAAGGUGUCCCACAUUAUGGAGCUUGAUGCUCAGGAGUAUGAUCUGGUGGUCUUGCCAAAUGCAUUCAUGAUCCACAUGCCCCACGCGCCCAGCUUUGACAUCUCCAAGUUCCGUUCCAGUUCCAGCUACAGGUACUGCCUGACCAUGCUCAAAGAUGAGUUCCACCAGGACCUGUCCCGAAAGUAUGGUUCCUCCGCCCUCAAGUACCUCACUGCUGAAAGGAACAUCUAAAACCAGUGCAUUGUGGGUCAGCUGGUCCACAGGCUGUCCAUGACUGGAAUAAGGUGUUUAGUGGUAUACAGCUAUUUUUGAUUUUGAUCCUUUGCCAUUGCUGAAGUUGUUUGAGAAUCGACCUUUACUACUCUGAGAGAUGAUCUACCUGGAAUGAUGAUGAAGAGGCUGGAAAGAUUUUGUAAGUAUAUUACAGUCAGCAGUUAAUCUAUAGUGCAAUG